AUGAGCACAUUUCAGAAAUCCUUGUCCACAUCGACGUGGUACCCUGGCAGAAUUGUCGCAUUGCGCAUCUUUGCAGUAUCCAUGCUCCUGGCAACGUGGUUUGGGUCAAUUAUGACCAAGCCGUGCAGAAGUUCCGUUGAAAAAUCUCUCUUCGGUAAGUUCAAAUCGAAGGGCGUCAUUCAGGACCAUCUUCUGUACCCUUUCUCUGAGGCGAAAACGACUCAGAUCAACCGGGCCACGCCAAGCUAA